CAAUGCUGCGACUUCAUCCCAUGGAGAAUAAGAACCCCAGCCUUCGCCGCACAACUACAGUUCCUCCCAAGCAUUCACCCACUUCUUCUUCGCUGUGCACUGCCCGACUCCCUUCUCUUCCCCUUCUUCCUUUGCUUUGAUCCACCCGGAGCUGGACUCUACCUUAAUCCUCUCUUCACAUCCAUAAUUGUCCCCCCUCAUACCAAAAGCUCUGGUAGCAGUCCUCCUUCUUCUUUCACAAUGUACAACCGCCAAACAACCCCCCCAACUACCUCCUUCAACUACUUCCCCGGGAGUGCCGGCUCAAUAUCAGAUGGUGGCUUCUACUCGCCAAAUGCUUCGCCAGCCGACUCCAACUACACAGUCAACACCACUCCUCCCCGAUCACCCAUCAGGCAACAUGGCCCGCUCCUCCUCCCCAAGGUCCGCACCCAAGAUCAGAUCGCAGAGCCCACCACCGGCCCCAUCAGACAUCGCCGGACGACGUCUACCGCUUCCAGCAUGAGCUAUGGCUCUGCCUACAGCCCUUACUCUCGCCCUAAUUCCAUGGUGCGCAGAGGUUCAAGUCCCUUUGCCAACCAGCACGUCAACAGCACCCUCACAUCCCCCGUCUCCACAUCAUCAUACGACUUGGGCCUCACUUCGACUCUCAACUCCCCAAUCGUCUUUGCCACGGAGCCUCGCCGCGCUUCCAUCGCCAACCAUGGCCGAUCGCACUCUGCUUCCGCUCUCAGCAGACACUCGCGCGCUGGCUCCGCCGGCAGCAUCGACGAGUCGGUCAUCAACCGCUACGGAUUCCCUACCUACCGCAACAUCCCCACCUACAUGACCACCUCCAACGCUGGUCAGCCCAACCUGGACUUGGUCACUGCUCUCCCAACCACAUUCCCUCAGAUCCACGAAACCUCGUAUGCUGCCACCACGGCUUCGUCGCAGGACUUUGCUUUCCCCGAGUUCGACCAGGCUCCCGCCGUCCAGUACCCUUUCUCCACCGAGGUCAACUUCGACAGCUUCCCCGUGACCCCCACCUCCUCCCUCAUGGAGUACCUCACUGCACCCAACCCAUCCCCAGCCCUGGUCCGCCGCCUCACCGCGCAACCGCGAGGCGUCAACACACACUUCUGGUGGGACAUUCGCAACCUCCGCAGCUGGACCGACUUCAACAUCUCCACCAUCACUUCCCUCCCCUCGGUCCUCCCCCUCCUCGAGGUCCCCAUCACCGCCAACUACCUCCCUGAGCCCGCGCGCCAGAACGCUCAGCCCGAGAACGAGAGCACCCUCCACGAUAUCUACACUUCCCACUACACCACCAAGAUCAACGCCGCUCUCAAGGUCGCCCAGGGAACCACCCACAUGGUCAUGCGCGGCGUCAAGUCCAUCCCCGGCCAGAACCCGCAACCCGACUUCAUCUCCAGCUACCCCUCCGACUACGAGAAGACCAUCUUCGGCGACCACCGCGGCCGCGUCGUCGGCCUCGUCAAGUGCUACGACCAAUGGAACACGGGCAUGCGCGGUGAAUCCCCCCCAAAGCAGGUCCUUUACCUCCAGGGCCUCGCGCACCUCCAGCGCGCUAUGCGCGAGCACGGCUGCCGUUACGGUUUCAUCCUCACCGAAAUCGAGCUUCUCUGCGUCCGCUGCGGCGGUCCCUCGGAUGACUCCACCGUCGACCCCACCACCGUCAAUGCGCAAGCCGGCGUCCCCAUCUUCGGCUACCUCGAGGUCUCUCCUCCCAUCAGCCUCUCCACUCACAGCAACAACAACGGAGGCGAGGAAGGCGAGAUCAAGAUGACCGCUGCCCUCGCGCUGUGGUACCUCCACAUGCUGGCCAAGGAGAACCCCUUUGAGGGUAUGGGCACGUGGCGCAUGGAUGUCGGUGGCCCUGCCGCCCUCACCCGCCAGAACAUCGUGGAGAAAGAUGCAUGGAUCCCCAAGCCGCAGAUGGGCGAGAAGAGGGAGGCCAAGCGUGUUCGCGGGUGGGUUUUCCCCGAGGAGCCGCUUAGCAAGAGGGAGUGUGGACGUGGGAAGAGGAGGGGUGCGUGA